AAAUAGACGGUCGUCGUCCGGUUUCUCGAAACCCUAUGCUCUCCAGUGACCUCCCAAUGGAGAGACAGUGAGAUCGAGAGCGAGAACGAGAGGACUCAGUAACAUAGACUUUGUUAUUGCAGCUGUUGUGUUUGUGUGUGUGUGUGUGUGUGUCUGUGUGUGUGUGUGUGUGAGUGAGUGUCUAUGUAUGCGUGAAGUGAGCAACCCAACCUCCAUAACAUAGCCCAAGUUCCUUUUUUUUUUUCUUUCUUUCAAGCUAUCCCUUCACUUCACGUAUCUCUGCUAACCUGCCAUUUUUGCAGCAGCAGAUGAACGUGAUAGCCUUUCAUUUCGUCAUCACCACUACUUCUUUGUCACUCUUCUCUCUCUUUUUCUUUCGUUUAUUCGUCUUUAAUGCCCUAUCCUACCUCUUCUCUUUGCUUGUUUUCUCUUUAAUUUUUCCUUUUUAAUAAUUUGCUCUCUCUCACAAAAGGGUACGAGUACAGACUUGUUUUUUUUUUGGGUCUCUGUGUAAGCUAUGGCGGAGGGUUUUGAGCCCUACCAUGUCCCACAGCAAAGCAGAAGAGAUAAGUUAAGAGUUGUGGCUCAAAACCAUCCUGACCUUCAGGGUUGUACUGGGUUACUCCCUCUAUAUGAUCCCUCGCUUCUCUCUUCAGAUUUGCUAGCUUGUGCUAAUCCUUCUCUCUCGGGUGUUAGUGAGACCUGUAAAGCAAACGGAGUUUCUGUGGUCAAAGAGGAAGGCGUUAAUCUAAUGGGUUUUGUUGCUGGGAUCGUGAAUGCUGCUUCUUCUUCUGCUACUACUUCGCAUCAUCCUUACUUGGAUCCGCAAUCCUCUUUGCCAAUAAAUCCUACCUCAAUUCAAGAUAUUAACGCUAACCCUUUUUUUUACGCUGCGCAUAAUCUUCAAAACCUGAGAGAUUUUGACCAGCCAUAUAAUGGUGGUAGUGAAGCUGUAGCGUUUAAACCAGAACCUUUGUCUUUGGCUCGCGAGUCUAAUACCACUGGCCAAGGCUUGUCUUUAUCUUUGUCUUCUCACCACACCCACCAAGGUAAUAUCCCUUUAGAGCUUAAUUUGCAAAGAUACGGAUCUGCAGUUUACGGUGAUAAGGUUACUGCUGGCGGUGGUGAUGGAUAUAUUGUUCCUGGCAUUGUUGGAGGCAGUGGCUCGACCUCGAACGACCUCUCUAGAAGUACGGUCCCUCUUGGGCCAUUCACGGGAUACGCUUCGAUUUUAAAAGGAUCGAGAUUUUUGAAGCCUGCACAGCAGCUGCUCGAAGAGUUUUGUGAUAUGGGUCGGGGAAUUUACAGCGAGAAGAUCACGAUGGAUGCCUCUUUGAUGGAUCCUCCUGUGGAGUGUUUGAACGCAUGCGGAAUUGUGGAUGAUCCACUUACUUGUGGUGAUGGAGGUGAAAGCCGGAGAAAGAAGUCAAGGCUAAUUUCAAUGCUAGAUGAGGUUUACAGGAGGUACAAGCAUUAUUAUCAGCAGAUUCAAGCAGUGGUGACUUCCUUUGAGUGUGUUGCUGGGCUCGGCAAUGCUGCUCCAUAUGCAAACUUGGCAGUGAAAACCAUGUCGAGACAUUUUAGGUCCUUGAAGAAUGCAAUAACUGACCAGCUUCAGUUAACCAACAAGGGUCAUGGUCAGCUUAGCCUUGGAAAAGAAGAGCCAACAAGGUUUGGUAACAUUGAUAGAGGUAUUUAUUGCCAGAGGCCAGUACAGAACUCUGGAUUCAUUGAGCACCAGCCAGUUUGGCGACCUCAGAGGGGUCUUCCUGAGCGUGCUGUGACUGUCCUUAGGGCAUGGUUGUUUGAACACUUCUUGCAUCCUUAUCCUACAGAUACAGACAAGCUAAUGUUAGCCAAACAAACUGGUCUAUCACGGAGCCAGGUUUCUAAUUGGUUCAUCAAUGCAAGAGUAAGGCUCUGGAAGCCAAUGGUAGAAGAAAUACACAUGCUGGAAACACGGCAAGCACAAAAAUCUUCACAAAGGGAGGAACAAAAUGCUAAUAAAUCAAGCGAUCAGGUACCUCUUUCAAACUCCGUUGAAUCAGACAACCCAUCAACCUCCAUCCAAAGGGUUCAAGACAUCCUCUCAAAGCGCACUAGAAAUGAUCUCCCUGAUUUACCUCCAGGGAAUGAGGAAGCAUUGAAUUUGUCUUACAACAAUAUGUCAAGCCAUCCGCCUGUAGGAGUUGAUAUGAGGGCAGCAGUUGGAAGCAGCAAUGUUUCCUUAACACUAGGUCUUCACCAGAAUAAUGGAUUAGGUUUAUCAGAGCCUUUUAAUGCAGCUCAACGUUUUGGCCUUGGUCUCGAGACAAGUAGCGAUGGAUUUGUCAUGGGGAGUUUUGAAGCACAACAUCGACACUUUGGAAGGGAUGUUAUUGGAGGGCAACUGUUGCACGAUUUUGUUGGUUGAAGGGGUUUGAUGAGAGGAGCUGUCUGAGCAUCAGUAUUCAUGCUAAAAGUUUUAUUCCGUUGUGCUUUUUCUACUUUCAGGCCCAAGUUCAUACAAAUUGGUCAAAUGCUUGUCCUCAUGGUGUAACAAGGUAUGUUCAUCAAAUUGUAAUGUAUAUGAUCUCUUAAUAUUGUGACUAAGAGAAGGAUUGGUGUAAAAUUCUUCUGUAAAUGUAUAAUUAAAUGAGAAGAAAGGAUACCUUGGGUGGCAAAA